UCAAAUCCUGCCCGCUCCCAUCCCCUGUCGUCCUGCGGGAGGUUUGGACUAGGAAGUAAUUAUCUUCAACUCUGAAGGAACAUCCGAAACAUGUAAAACAUUUUACAAACAUUUUCCCAAAGAAUGGCAGGGGAUGAUGGUGGACAUGGUUUAAACCCAAGACCAUUGACUUGAUCAAAUCAAAGUCUAGAGCUCAAACCACAGAUUCUGGACCACACCAAAUUUGUUUGAUGGCGGUCACAGCUACAAGUUUGCUGCCAUUUAAAUGUCUAUCAACGAUAGGCUCCACCGCUUGUAGGUUGUUACAUGCAAAUACAAGGACAACAUAUUCAAGGUUCUCCUUUUUAAAUCAACUAAAACGAUUGGCACGGAUACAGUUUGCAGCCCAUCACAACUCUGCAGAAAAGUUAACAUUUGAGAAGCAGCCAGCGUCUUGGCUGUUUGUGAACAAUACUUUCGGCGGGCUGUAUGGGUCUCAUGUCAAUUUAGAGCUUGACCUUGAGAACAGGUUGUCUGCUGAUAAUAUAAAACAGUUAGAGCUAAUUUUGCGCAGAAGAGGACUUCCUGCUGAUUUGAGCUCCUUGGUUGAUGAUUUUACAAAACUAAGGGCUUUAGAAAGACAAAGAAAUGGUUUGGUUUCUGAAAGAAAUGAAAUUGCAGAGAAACUCAAACAAAUGAAAGCAGAACACCAGGAUCAUGAACCAGGAUACCAGGCUGCUGCUCAUGAACUUUUGACAAAAUUGACAAGUAUUAAAGAACGUAUUAAGGAUUUGCAAAUGAUAUGGGACCUUGAGGAACAGGUCAUGGUAAGAAGCUUGAAGUUACCCAACGACAUUCACCCCACAACAACAGAUGAGGAGUCAACAGUCCUAAGAGAGGUGAAUAAUUUAAAAGGUUCUGCGAAGACAAUGAGCCAUAUAGAGAUUGGAAAAAAAUACAAUCUUAUAAAGUUCAGCAAUGUGGGCCCCAAGGCUUACUAUUUGAAAGGAGCUCUGGCUAAAACUGAGUUGGCACUGAUGACAUCGUUAGUCCGCUACUUUCAGAAGCACAAGUUUUACUUCAUCUCUGGCCCAGAGUUCUUCAGGACUAACAUCAUGGAAGGCUGUGGUCUUGAAGUGCAUAACCCCACAGAGGUGCUGACCAUACUUGAUAACGUUGUGACACAAAUCGAGCCAAUGAUUCAUCUAGCUGGCAUCUCUACGGCUACAUUUGUUGCUUAUGUGGCAAAGUGUUGCAUAGGAGAUAACUACUUACCCUUGAACAUGUUCUCAUGUGGACGGCGUUACCAGAAUAGCCAUCUACCUGGACUCUAUGGAGCUAACCAGACAACUCAGGUUGGGAUUUUCUCAUGCCUCUUACAAGAAGAUUUAGACAAGCAGUUUGGCACAAAUAUUGAAUUGAUUUGGAAUUUUUUAGCCCCAUUAGGUUUUCCUAUUAGGCUUACUCAAGUGAAAGCUGCAGACUUACAACUUGCAGAGAGGAGAAGGGUCGAGAUACAGAUCUAUGCUCCAAGUCUUCAGAAGUACAUCCCAAUUGGGAAUGUAUCAGACCUGAGUGACUUUGUCAGCCGAAGACUGAUGGUCAGGCAUAACCAGAAUCAUCCAGACUACAGGUUUGCUCCCAUGCUCCACAUGAUCUCUGGUACUGGUGUCAAUGUUACUGCACUGCUUGCUGUCUGGAUGGAGCACAGUAACACUGAUUUAGACAAGUUCUGCUUUCUUCCGUUGCCUGUGUAGCCAUCAACUUGUUAUAUAUGCUGGGUUUUUUUUUGUUAAUGUAAUUUAUUUGUAUAAUAAAAAUAAUAAUUUUUAUUAAUAUAAAAA